AAGAAGACAGGGUGACUGUAGCGACGCCUCCAGCACUGAGAUGCAGUGUAUUAGACAGCUACGUCACUUGGGAGCAAACCUAUGUUGUUGAGGCUUGGCUGUAAAUCAGUGAGGAAAGCUUUGACUUGAAUGCAGCUGUAUUCAUUUCAAUAGGCAGUAGAGGCGAAUCAUCUGAAAUUGAGGAUUAAGAGUUUGGAAUUGUUUCACCACCAUCAACUGUUGCUCUAUUUUGGGAAUGCCAUUUGGAAAUCUCUUCCGGAGAACAUGGUCAUCCGCAGCCCGACUUGAUGACAAAACAGUGCUCAUAACUGGAGCCAACACUGGUAUUGGCAAAGAGACAGCGCUAGACCUGGCAAAGAGAGGGGCUAGAAUCAUCAUGGCCUGCAGAGACAUGGAGAAAGCUGAGGGGGCCCUGAAAGAAGUCAUACAAGGCUCUGGCAGCCAAAAUGUUGUCAUCAAGAAGCUUGAUUUGUCAAACACCAAGUCCAUCCGGGAGUUUGCAGAGACCAUCAACAAGGAAGAGACUAAACUCAACAUCCUCAUCAACAAUGCCGGCGUCAUGAUGUGUCCGUACGGGAAAACAGCUGAUGGAUUUGAAAUGCAGAUUGGUGUCAACCACAUGGGUCACUUCCUGUUGACCCACUUAUUGAUUGACCUGAUCAAAAGGUCGACUCCGGCCAGGAUCAUCAAUGUAUCCUCUUUGGCUCACUUCUGGGGUACCAUCAACCUGGACGACAUCAACAGUGAGAAGGGCUAUGACAAGAAGAAAGCGUACAGCCAGAGCAAGCUAGCUAACGUCCUCUUCACCCGCUCCCUGGCCAAGAGGCUACAAGGUACGGCUGUGACCGCGUACUCCCUCCACCCUGGCGUCGUUCAGACUGAUCUGUGGCGGCACCUGAACGCACCUCAGGCAGCUAUCAUGAAGAUGAUCAGUCCCUUCACCAAAACAUCCGUCCAGGGAGCUCAGACCACUGUCUACUGUGCUGUGGCCCCUGAACUGGAAACAGAGAGUGGUGGAUGUUACAGGGACUGUGCACCAGACAACUGCUCACGGUCUGCUUCAGAUGAUGUCACGGCUCAGAAACUAUGGGAGCUAAGCUGCCGGAUGCUUUCUGUAUCAUGGGAUUGAAUAGCUCAGAAAUACAGUGUAUGGUUUUCAUUGAGAUGUCAUUUGAUGAGAUGGAAGAUAUGGUUGUUAUUGAUUUUUAAAUAGACAGUACAUAUAGUCAUAAUGUGAUAUUGCACAUCAAUAAGGAAAUACUCUAACAUUAAGGGUAUUAACAUUUCAUAUUGGAAUUCUACUGCUCUAUUUUCAACAACAACAAAAAUAUUCUAACGAAAAAACAGAAUCUGAAUCUUUUCUACAAAACUUGCAACUACCAAGGGAUCUCUUCAGCGUGAUGUAAUUUCCCUAAAUGGCCUAUUUGUCUCAUGAUAGAGAAUUAAAAUAUAUUCACAUCA